UCGGAAAAAUCAAAAACAUUUGAAUGCUCAUAUGUGCCAACUAUCAAAUUACGGAUAAAAGCAAUAUGGCGUCAUAGUGACCUGUCAUACUAUGUACUUACAACACUAUAUGCUACUAUAUAUAUAGCAAUUCUGAUGUAUAGGUUAUGUUAGUUAACAUUUAACAUAAGUUAAAUAUUUUUCAUAAAAAUUAUAAUUACAAGACAUGGCUACUAAUAAAAAUGUUAUUGUACUUGCACCAAAUGGUCGUCGACAAAACGUCAAAGUUACUGCCAAUACUACAAUAUUACAAGUGCUGGAAGAAGUUUGUCAAAAACAAGGUUAUAACGUAGACGAUUACGAUGUCAAACAUUUCAAUCAAGUGUUAGAUCCCAAUGCAAUAUUAAGGUUUACGGGUUUACCAAAUAAUGCACAAUUAGAAAUGAUACCCUGUACAAAGACCCGUUUAAAUUCUACUGUCACAAUAGGUGUGCAAUUAGAAAGUGGGGAGAGAUUAAUGGCAGAGUUUAUGCCAAAUGUAACAUUAAUUGAAGUUUUACAGCAUCUGGAUCUCAAUGAAGAUCUUGAAAAAGUUGCUUUAACCUACAUGCAUUGUGAGAUUUAUGGAGUUGAUACUUUAAAGAAGACAACUUUAAAAUCAUUAGGUCUGAAUAAUGGCAGAGCUGUAUUACGCCUAAUACAUCGGCAUCCUCGAAAGUCAAAUGAUGCCGUUUCCACAAAGUCGGAAUCUGUAAAGGGUAUUGAAAACUCUAUUUCAGAUAAUAAAGCAACGGCUUCUAAUAAAGCUGUAAGUCCUAUAAUUCCCUUACAAAAGGAGGAGCAAAGACCAAGAAAAUUAGAAAUCUGCCCUCAGCAUGUAGAAAGAAAAGAACAGACAAUAAUAAGAACAGAUGAAACACAUAAGGUUUUUAAAGGAGAAGAAGGUAAAUCAGUAAUAUCAAUGAAGAAAGAUAGCUGCGAAAGCUCACCACAAACAUGUUACAAACGCGAAAUAACACGUCUACCUGAUAUAGAAUUUUUGGGUGAGAGAAAUGCUUUAGUGUUCAAUCAAGCUGAAAUGAAACCAAUAUCCAGAGAUGAAUUACCAGAUGAUUUUUACGAUUUAACAGUUGAUGAUGCAAAAAUACUACUAAGAGACGUUAAACGUUACAGGAAAGAACUGGAAGAAGCACCUCUUUUAACAACCGUUCAGCGACAAUUAAAUCAAGAAAAACGAACGUUAAAUCAGUUGAAUAAAUAUAAUUAUACAAUAAUUCGCGUACACUUUGCAGAUCAGUUUAUUCUUCAAGGUUUAUUUCAACCAAAAGAAACUGUACAAAUGAUCAAAGAUUUUAUCAAAAAUUAUUUAGCUGAUCCAAAUAGUGAUUUCGUUAUUUUUACUACUCCACCGAAAUGUAUUUUAGAUGUAAAUACAUCUUUGAUUAAUGAAAAUUUAGUUCCUUGUGCUAACGUUUAUUACUCUGGACCGUCAGCUCUCAAAACAGAUGUAAAACAAAAAGUCACAGACCCUAAGAAAGUUAAAAGACAAGUAGCUGAAAUUAGAAUGGCAAUGAUAAAUCAAGGAGACCAAAUCUCAAGAAAUGAUGUGAAAAUAAAUAGCACUAAUCAAGGGGAAAUCAAUACAUAGUAAAUAUACAAACGAAUCAGAAAACAGAAUCAAAAUACCAAAAUGGUUAAGUUCACCACUUUAAUAAUUUGGUAGUUCUUAUUGUUGUUAACAAAACUAUGUAACUAUCGUAAAAUACUGGAAUUAACGUAAUACUACAUUUGUUAUUGUAAUUAUAUAUUCUUUAUACAAUAAACUGUGAAAUAUAAAUCA